AUGGUGGACAUUGCAGGUCUCCUCGAGUCUUCUCGUCUCCUUGAUAACUGGGAAUUAGAUUCAGUGAAAAAGGAGACAGAAGAAACAGUAGCAAGAUCACUAAUCAGCUAUCGCCACCUGAAAACGGAGCUACAAAGCCAGUGCUUUUCUCUGAGCGCACAAGAAGAGCGGCUUGAUGAGGAAAGCGGCGCGGAGCCAAUGACUGUGUGGGUGAUGGGUUCCUGGGGAGCAUUAGAGUCUGUGGACGGCAAGACUGAAGAUGCAGAGGAAUACUCGCGUAAAAAGCGUGAGCUAACAAAGGAGAUUGUCAUGUUGAAGAUUCAAGUGCUGUGUUUGAAGCAAGUGCAUGUGAGCUCCUGUAUAAAACAGUUACAGGACUUGAUCACCAAAGGUAGUAAAACACCAACUCCAGAAGGUCUGCAGUUCUGCAGAUUUGAGGAAUGGGUGCAGGGAAAUCAACAAAUUUACAAACUGCAAUCAAAAAUGCUUGAUUUGGAGGCUGCAAAGAUCAGAUUGCACAAAGAAUUUUGCAUUCAAGAUGAUAAAGAAUUGUCACAGUCAUCAGUAUCAUCAAUAACAACAAGACAGUCCUUUACAUCACACCUGGAGAAAAAGCUUGGCUCCAAAGAACCAGAUGUAACCUCUGGAGACUUGAACCUUGAAGAAGUUGUGGUUUCACCGGGUUCUUUGGAAAUUGCCAGCAUUUUGGAUAGGAUUUUAGAUACCAACCAUAUAAACAGUACAUUUGAAGCAUGUAAGUUGAAAGCUUACAUUCGUGAAUGUUGGGAUGUACAAAAUAUCGAUGAUGAGUUUCCCACAGGAGUCCACCCAGACAGAUAUCAGGAAUUUGUGGGUGGUAUGGCACAGUACAUCAUAGAUAAACAGCUGACUCAUCAGAGAGAAAGCCUGUCAUAUGAUAUGGUCUAUGCUAAACUAGAGCAGUACUUGCUUCCAUCCAUCUACAACCUCAUUCAAGCGCACAUCCGUAAGCCAGAAGAGGACAAAAGGAUAUCACAGAUUUACAAAAAUCUUGCACACAUCACACAGACCCAGUUCGGCAUCAACGUAGUAUAUCAAGACGAUGGUAUAGCACCGUAUUAUGCAGCAGUGGCUUCCAUGAAAAGUAUGGCAUUGUCCAUCUUACCAUCACGCAAGAUACACGCGAUUGUCAGCGCGGCGCAUUGUGUGUUCAAAAAACUUAAUGAGUUGUCCAUGUUAGAAAAUUCUAAACCUCCUGGUGCAGAUGAGUUCAUGGAUGUUUGGGUGUAUGUCGUUCUAAAAUCUAAAAUACCAAACCUCGCGUCGACGAUCGCGUUCUUAAGGAGAUAUUCAAAUCCUAACUUGGCGUUCUCAGAAGCAGGGUAUUACUUGGCAAGUGUAGAGUUUGCCUGUCAGUAUUUGGUGCGGAUUAACGAACAGGAUUACAGGGACAAGACGCAUCUGUUAACGGAAAGGAUAGUCGUGUGUGAGCAAGCUAGGUUUGGUAAGAUGGCCAGAGAAGAAGCAGCGGUGUUUGAAAUAGUUUCUCAGGAUAAAUGGCUUCAGGGAUUUGAGGUGUUUGCUGUGAAAGAGUGGCACCUGGAUCCAACUAGGUUUUAUCGGACUGUUAUAGUGCCGUCCUCGGACAAAAGCAAGAAAGUCAAAGUUUCUGUCGUCAAGGUGAGACCAGAAAACACUUCGUUUGCUCAAAUAGAAAUGCUGGAACAAGUAUUCAUGUGCCCAGCGAAUGAAAAUGGAUUGUUAUGCAUUCGCACGAACUAUGGUAUUGCCGUCACACUGAAUGUGGAUCAUGUUAGAGACCAGCUUACACUGAUUCCUAUACCUGAUGGCGAGUAUGAUUCUUUCGAGGACACUGUGACAAAUUUUGCGACGCUUGACAAGCUCGCUUGCGAUUACAAUCCGCUUCCUAGAAAUGCUCCCGCUGAGAUUGUGCUGAUGACAACUGUAUUUGAAACGAUACAGAGGAUGGAGGACAUUGUAUCAAACACUUACGGCAUUGCUAAUUCCCCACAUGGGGCCGUUCGGAAUCUGAUCGGUGCGCUUGUUAUAGCUCUGCGCCAGCUCAGUUACUUGAGUUCAUUGUUUGAUACACCAGAGGUAUAUUCCGCGCUCAUUCAAUCAGCAGUUCAGAAGUUCCAAACAGACUAUAAUAGAAAAUGUCAAUCAAGCAUUUCCCGGUUGCCAUGCAACGGGUUGCUAUGUCCGAAUACCUGGGAAGCCCUUCAGAAUAGUCUUGGGAAGGCCCCAAAGAUGACAAUUGCAAAGUCUUAAAUUGCAUAUCGCGGUUUAUCUUGUCAAUGCUUCGUCACAUUACUUUGAACGACUUGAAUUUUAUUUUUCCUAUGUGCAUCAGACUGGAUGUCUUUGCUUCUGCUUGUUUGAAAUUCUUUGUAAUGGGAAAAGGAAUGGGAAAGGGAAUGGGAAUGUUUAAAGUGGUAAUUUAUCAGAAUGCGGCAAUAGAUCACUGAUCAACAAAGAUUGAUAUUCUGAUUACAAAAAUUUACUUAAAGCACAAAAGUUUAUUAAUUAUAUUACAAUUAUUUGUCGAAAACAAUACAUUUGUAUUAGUUACACAGGUUGUAUUGGUGAUACUCAGAAAUAAAAUUGAGAUAUGUGUA